UACAUUUCUGCUGUUAUUUAUAUAAAAGUUGAUUGUUUGUAUCUAAUAUUUGAAGCAUAUUGUUGUAUAAUUCAUACUUAUUUUUAGCAAUCAGUUAAUUUAUUACUUUUUAAAAUAUAUGCCUCGUCGUUUAUCGAGAGGUUUAACAGUUUUUGAUAAAUUGCUGAAUCAGAAAUACCUGUCCCAAUCUACUUUCCGAAAUUCGGUAUCAAUGGUUUACACAAACAGUUCUGCAGCGCCUACCUAUCAAGUAAAGAAGAUGAGGGAUCAAGCGUAUCGAAUAUGCCGGGAUUACCUGAGCGGUUCUUGGAAAAGCAUAUCUAGCUCAGACAUGGUAUUCCGUUCGAUAAGUGGCGGAAUGAGCAACUUUUUGUACUAUUGCUCCCUGCCCGAAACUCACACUCCACUUGUUGGAGAACCGCAUCAAGUUCUGAUGAGAAUGUAUGGUCAAAUACACGAAGGUGUUGAAGCUAAAGUUACAGAGAGUGUUAUUUUCAUGAUGUUGUCUGAAAGAAAACUUGGUCCUAAACUCUACGGAAUAUUUCCUGGUGGCCGACUAGAAGAAUACAUUCCAGCUCGUGCAAUGACCUGUGAUGAAUUAAAAUCUCCUGAAAUGUCAGCUACUAUUGCUAGGAAGCUAGCCAAAGUGCACACACUUAAUGUUCCGAUUAAUAAAGAGCCUAAAUGGCUCUUUGACAAAAUGGAAAAUUGGUUAAACUUCGCAAAAAAUGAGAUAAGACUGGAAAAUUUGAAUGAUGAACAAAAGAAAAUUGCUGUCAAUUUGUUAUCACAAGAUUUAAAAAAAGAAUUUCUUUGGCUAAAAUCUGUGUUACUGCAAGCCAAUUCACCUGUUCUAUUUUGCCACAAUGAUUUGCAAGAAGGAAACAUUCUUGUCCCUGAACAAACUUCUGUGUCUGAAGAUAAAAUUGUCUUCAUAGAUUUUGAAUAUUGUAGCUACAAUUUCAGAGCUUUUGAUAUUGCAAAUCACUUUUGUGAAUGGUGCUUUGAUUAUUCCAAUCCUGAUUAUCCACAUUUCACUGCAAAAGACGAAGAGUUUCCAGCUGUUGAACAGCAGCUUAAUUUUAUUCGAUCAUACUUGAAGAACUUUGAAAGUUCUUGCAAAGAAACUGAAAUAUCUGAUGAAAUUAACAGUGAAGAACAUGUUUUAAAAGAAGUCAUGGUAUUCACUCUUGCAUCACAUUUCUUGUGGACUUUAUGGAGCAUAAUCAAUGCACAAAAUUCACAAAUACAAUUUGGAUACUGGGAAUAUGGAAAAGCCAGAUGGGAUGCAUACAUUCAGCAUAAGAAGAGGGUUUUGGAGCAAGAAAAUUUAGAUUCAGUGACAGACGAAGAACGAUGAAUGUAUUGUUUAAGAAGUGGUGAAUGUUAUUAUUUACAAUUAUGCUUAUUCCAGAUUAUCUGUUGAAGUACCUUACCUUGGAACUUUAUGCAUGUUCUGUCAGAUAUUAAUUUUGAGGAUUAUGGUUUUAAAAAUAAUGCAUUGAUGAGAAAACUAAGUUUAUAUUCAUAAACAAAGUAAUCUGUUUUUUUAUUUAAUUAAAAGUACUUAAUAAUUCUUUUAAACAGUAGUUUUAUAAUUUUUCUUGUAGUUUUGUUAAAUAAUUUUGGGUUUCUACAAAAUAUCAAAAUAAAGACUGAUCAUCAAUUAAAUUUUUAAUAUUUUAUAUGAUAUUAAUGUGAUGUCUUGCAAAUUUUACUGGUGAAAUAUGAUAUUAUAUUGGAAUUAAUAAAUGUAAAAAUUCAAUAAUGAAAUUUAUGUUGUGACCAAUGGACGACCAACUUUUGUGAUAUUUUUUUCUUUUUUCAUUUCACUGUACUUAUAAGAUGUACUUCAAAGUAACAUUAUUUAUUGAGUGAUUACUUGUAAAAUCCUUCUUUAAAAGGUUUAAAUGGUGCUUUAUAUGCCUAGAAUACUUAUUUAAAAAUAAUUCAACAUUCUUUAUUCUUUUUUUCUUAAAAAAUAUUAAAAAAAUGAAAACAUGUGCAAUGUUUUUAUCUCAUCUAGUUUACGGGUUGCUUUGAAAUGUGAAGUCAUUACAUAUUUAUUUUUUAUGUCUUAUUUUAAUUUCCUUUUCAUAUAAUUUAUUUGGUUUCCUUUCUGUCAACUGUUUAAACCUAGUCAUUGGUGAAAAGUUCCAACCAGUAACUGAUCCUGAAUUUGUUUUCCUCUUAUGUGAACAGUCUAUCACGAGAGAAAACUGUGCCAACCGAACGAUUCGUUCUUUCACAUAUCAUUAGAAUGGAAUGUUGAGUAAAUAACUUACUUUUAUUGGACUGGAUUUUGCACAUCUUAUUUCGAGGUUGUCUUGACAAUUAAGCUGUCAUUCGCGUGAAUGAAGAUAAAUAAUGGUCAUAAACUGAUAAAUUUGACGAAUGAAAUGUACAGACAAUGAAUUAUUUUGUCUAAUGUAACAUUUAAAUGGAGUAAACAUAAUUUUCCGUUUUGAGAAUUAUGUAAUGGUCCUUUGGAAUCUCUGCAUUUACUGUAUAUAGAUUUUGGAAUCAUAUGUAUAUAAAAUUUUGUGUUUCAUGUGUUGUUUCGUUAAUAUUACCUUUUUUUUUUUUAUUUAGAACAUGUGGCAAAUGUUUCUUUAGUGCAUACUAUGUAUGGUAUUUUUAUAUUUUUCAAUUAUGAAAAUUUAUUAAGUGUUCUGAAGCAUAUAUGUAUAUUCUCUGUGCAUAUAAAGAGCAUGUCUUAAGAAUUAUAUAUUAGCUGUUCGUAAUAUUUUUAUAAGCUUUUUUUUGGUCAUUGCAUAUACUAUUUUGCUGAAUAUUUGUGUCUUUAUUUACUCAUCCUUUUAUCUAUUCCUUUGUCUUUUAUUUUUUAACAUAUUAUUGUAAUAUUACCCCUCUUAAAUUUUGACCAAUUUUUUAAUGCAAAUAGGAAUUGAAUCAUACAGCUAGAAAAUUUAUGCAGUGCUCUAUUUUUAUUUUAAAUACGCAAUUGAAGUAUUAAAGCACUCUUAAGGAAACUUAUUAACAUUUUAAAAAAUAAGAAAUCCUACUUUAAAAUAAUAUUUUAAAGCCAUAUGAGCUGAAAUUACAGUCCGUACUUAUGUAAUGCUAUUUAGUUCCCUUCAUUUAUAAGCUAUAAUGUUAAAAGACUUAUCUUGUUAAAUUAUUAUAAUGUUUUGCUUCAUUAAUGUAAAUAGUUUAUCAAUUAAGAAAUUGUAUAAAUUGCUUCACUUUGGGAUCAAAUAGCACAAUCUUAGAGACAUUACCUUCCUAUGAUAAAAUUAUUUAUCAUGCUCACAGGGGAUGUAUUUAUAAUUGGUAAUCAAAGAUAAUGAAAAAGGUGCCUUAAAAGCAUUUUCAGCUGACAGAUUUUUAAAAAUCAAUUUUAUCGUUAUUAAGCAAGGCAGUUUCACUUAAUUAACUUUUAUUAAUAAGUUAAUUAAUAAUUUAUAAUUUUGCACUUGAUUUCCUAUUUUUAUGAUGUUGUUGAAAUUCUGUGUAGAUUACUAUGAGCAUGAUCUUAAAUGUAUACUGACUUAUGUAUUUUCUUGUGUUCAUGUAACCAAUAUAUGUGUAAGAUAAGGUGAAGAAUAAGAUUGUGGCUUAUUCUUUGUAUAAAAUAAAAUAAUUUUUACAAAA